GCGAAUAGGUUUUGUGGAUUGAGUGUUUUUUUGGAGAUGGGAUAAAUCUUUUGUGGGGAACCCACCGACAGGUGCAUUGAUUUUGUUCUAUUUGUAUAGACGCAGCCACAUGGGGCGAUGUAUUGAGACGUAUUAGAGAUAGCAUUCGGAUGUGCGGGUAUUUAUUUGUUGAACGAUAAAAAAAGAAGUGAAAAAGAAAUAGCUGAUAAGAAAGCGACGGAGUCACCUGCAAGUGGGUGAAAAUACAAAAGACAUUCACUUCGGAGCAUCAAUUGUGGAAAGUCGCCCGGUUGUGUAUUUAUCGCCCAAGAAAGUGUCAAGUGUUUUGGUGCAAAAGAAGAAGAAUUUCUCAGAAAAAAGUCAGUGAAAGCCUUGAGUUUUGUGCUCCAUCGCCCAAGGGUUGUUCCCAUUAAGUUCACGUGAAAAAUGCCAUGCUUUCGAUUUAAAAGCUCCAAAGGAUAUGAUCUGCCACAGGUUAAUCCCCAGCAAAAUGGGAAUCGUGAGAGACCAAUUGAAAGAAUUAAAUCCUUUCCGCAGACACAAAAUGCAAUUCCCGAGCAGCCACAAUCAAGCCGGGAUGACCGCCCCCGACCAAACUUGACCACAAUUAUGGUGAAUGGCGUUAAGGAUGAGCCAAUGACGACGACGGUGAGGAGUCCGGAAGAUGACAAACCACCAAUGCUACCACUUGCUGUGUCGCCACAAAUCACGGCCAAGGCUAAGCAUCACGUGAAGAAAGCACCAGCAGCUACCACAAAGAAGCUUGCCCCACAACCGAUACGGAAUGACCUUAAGGUGGAAGAGCAGAAGGUUGAGGAGCGGAAAAUUGAGGAGCGAAAGCUUGAUGAACGAAAGCUUGAAGAGAGAAAAGUUGCAGAGCGGAAGGUGACUGAAGUGACGGAGAGCAAAAAGAACUCCACAGAGACCAAAAGUGAGCUGCCCAGGGAGAUGCAGAGUCGCACGGAUGAGUUGAUGGAAAUGAGGAAAACAUCCGAGUCAGCAGCACAGCGUCAAUCUGGCACAUCGGACACCCCAAUGAAUGGGGAUAGGUCAUCAUCGUCCACCACGUGCACAGAGACCCCAUCCAUUGGGCGGAAGCAUUCGAUAAAGUCAAGCGAAGGGGGUAAACCCAAGCCCAGGAAGCGCUCCGGGGUGGAUGGUGGGAAAUUUGAAUUGAAGGAUGUACAAAUUGAAACGUACCCAAAGGACAAAGUGACCCUGGAUGCCCUGAAAGAUGCCGUAAUGGCUAAUGACUUUCUGAAGAACAUUAUGGACACAGAGCGAUUAGACUUAAUUGUAAAUUGCAUGAUACCAAGUAGUUCCAAGGAGGGGACCUUCAUUAUAACUGAAGGUGAUAUCGGUUUCUACCUCUACAUAUCCGCCGAAGGGAAGUACGAGGUGUUACGUGAUGGAAAGUGGGUGAGCUCAUUUGGCCCAGGGGUGGUAUUUGGGGAGCUGGCAAUUCUCUACAAGGCAAAGAGAUUCGCCUCAAUUCGUGCCACGUCCAACGUGAAGUAUUGGAUGCUGGAUCGGAAGGUGUUCCAGAAGAUAAUGAUUGAAACUGGACGAAAGGAGCAGGAUGACAAUAUGCGCUUCCUCAGUUCGGUGUCCAUCUUCCGUGACAUCUCCAAGCCGAUUCUCUACAAGAUAUCCGACCUCCUCCGUAGGGAGUUCUACAAGACGGGCUCAUAUAUCAUCAAGCAGGGGGAGCGUGGUGAUAAAUUCUACAUUAUACGGGGCGGAACUGUCACGGUGACGAAGAAAGACGCCGACGGGCGUUCCAUAAAGGUGGGUAUCCUCAAGAGGGGUGACUACUUCGGUGAGAAAGCCCUUCUCACGGAGGAACGUCGCCUUGCCAGCAUCAUUGCCAAUGAUCCCGGGACUGAGUGCUUGGCACUCGAUAAAGCAUCCUUCCUCAGUUUCAUUGGACCCGUGGAGAGUCUUCAGAAGUCAUCACAAGUCGCUGAGCCCAUAAUACCUCAGACAGCCGUUGUUAAAUCAGAGUACAGCCACAUUGCACUGGAAGAAUUGGAAUUGGUGGGAACACUGGGAGUUGGUGGAUUUGGACGUGUGGAGUUGGUACAGUAUCGCAACAAGGAGACUUUUGCCCUCAAGUAUCUCAAGAAAAUCGAUAUGGUGCAGCAACAGCAGCAGGAGCACGUAUACAAUGAGAAGAAUAUUAUGGCACAGUGCAAUUGUGAGUUCAUCAUAAAACUCUAUGCCACGUUUAAGGACAACAAGUACCUGUACUUCCUCAUGGAGCCCUGCUUGGGUGGUGAUUUAUGGGGGUUGCUGCAGAAGCACCGGAGGUUUGAUGAGAAAAUCAGUCGAUUCUUCACGGCAUGCGUCGUGGCGGCCUUUGAGUACCUCCACACACGCAAUAUUGUCUACAGAGACUUGAAGCCGGAGAAUUUGAUGCUUGACGCAAAGGGAUAUGUUAAAUUGAUUGAUUUCGGGUUCGCCAAGACAAUUGGGCACAGCCAGAAGACGUGGACGUUCGCUGGGACGCCCGAGUACGUAGCGCCUGAGAUUAUCCUCAAUAAAGGACACGACAGAGCUGUUGACUACUGGGCUCUGGGAAUCUUCAUCCAUGAGCUUCUCGUUGGUAAGCCACCCUUCCGCGGGAAGGAUCACCUCAAGACCUACACGCUCAUCCUGCGUGGCAUUGAAUCAGUCGAUAUGCCAAGUAGGAUUCCCAAGAAAGCCCAAGACUUAAUAAAGAGACUCUGUCGACAAAUCCCAGCUGCUCGCUUGGGGUACCAAAAGCAGGGUAUUGCAGAGAUUAAGACCCACACGUGGUUCACCAAGUUCGAGUGGGAAAAGCUCAAGAAUAAAACCCUAACAGCACCCCUUGUGCAGACUGUUAAACACCCCACAGACCUCUCCAACUUUGAUGAUUGCCCAUCGGAUCGGGAUGAGCCACAAGAUGAGACAUCAGGCUGGGAUAGAGAUUUCUAAACACAAAAAAAUCAACAAUCUUACCUUACUCAUUAAUCUUACUACUAACCCCUACCCCCCGCUAGCAAGUCUUCCGAUAUCCCCAGAGAAUUAGAGCUAAAUCAUGAGUGACUGAUAAGGGCAAAAAAAACCUCGUGUGCAUGCUUUUUUACAUCAUCAAUUUUUUUAUCAAAAAAAUAGUAAAGCAAAUAAGUAUUUAAUCAGCGUGGCAUUUUAUAUCUCUAUCGAUAUAUUAGAAUUAGAUUUUGAUAGCAUUUAGUGACGCAAUGGAUGGAUUUCUCAAUUUUUAUGCCAGCAAAGAGAAAAAUAAUCACUACCGCAAGGAAAAUCCCCAAAUGGCAUCAAAAAUGUCUCACAGUGGACAAUCUUAGCUAUGUGUAUAUAACACAAUCAUCAUGAAUAAGACUUUUGGGUGUAAACUUGAAUUAUUUGGCUCUAAAUAAAACCAGAGAGUGUUUAAGUAAACAGA